CUGGGCCUCCCACCACCCUUUCGGGCCACUCCCAAGUCAGGCCCGUCUUUCCGCCCAGCCCUUUCCCAGUCGCGCCCGGCCUAGGCCCCGCCCCCAGGCCGCCCAGUUUUUCUUUCCGCGCCCAGUUUCCUGCACACCCGGAAGCAGAUCGCGCUGUGAAAAGGCCACGUCGCUAUGCCUGUGUUUCAGUCUACCUGGAUUAAACGUUUGCUUCUCUUCGUCUACCUUGAUUAAACGUGCACUUCGCAGUCCUCGGUUCUCCAUACCCGUGACCUGGGGAUCGCUACGGACCUUAAAAUACCCGCGACAGCCUCUUCGUCCCAACUUCUACUUCCUGGCCUCAAGCAGUCUUUCCACCUCAGCCUCUCAACGCACUGGAAUUACAGAUGUGAGCCAUCACACUAGGCCUACAAGAGACCAGGCUCACAUUGUUACUCAAGCUGGAGUGCUGGCAUGCAGUGGGGCGAUCAUACCUCACUGCAGUUUGAACUCCUGGGUUCAGGCAACCCUCCUACCUCAGGCUCCCAGGUAGCUAAGACUACAGGUAUGCACCACCAUACCUGGCUGAAGGGCUAAGACUACAGAUUUGACUUUUAAAGAAUUAAUUAUAUUGACUGAGAGAGAGGCCCAGGAGAGAAAGAAGAAAGAAAAGGAGCCAGGGAUGGCUCUUCCUCAGGGAUUUUUGACAUUCAGGGAUGUGGCUGUAGAAUUCUCUCAGGAGGAGUGGAAAUGCCUGGACCCUGUUCAGAAAGCUUUGUACAGGGACGUGAUGUUGGAGAACUACAGGAACCUCGGCUUCCUAGGACUCUGUCUUCCUGACCUGAAUAUUAUCUCCAUGUUGGAGCAAGGGAAAGAGCCCUGGACUGUGGUGAGCCAAGUGAAAAUAGCAAGGAACCCAAACUGUGGGGAAUGCAUGAAAGGCGUGAUCACAGGUAUCUCUCCUAAGUGUGUGAUCAAGGAAUUACCACCAAUACAGAACAGUAACACAGGAGAAAAAUUCCAAACAGUGAUGUUGGAAGGACAUGAAAGCUAUGACAUUGAAAAUUUUUACUUCAGGGAAAUCCGGAAAAAUCUACAGGACCUUGACUUUCAAUGGAAAGAUGGUGAAAUAAAUUAUAAAGAAGGGCCAAUGACCCAUAAAAACAAUCUUACUGGUAAAAGAGUUCAACAUAGUCAAGGGGACGUAGAAAACAAGCAUAUGGAAAAUCAGCUUAUAUUAAGCUUUCAGUCCGGUCUGGGUGAAUUGCAGAAAUUUCAAACUGCAGAGAAAAUUUAUGAAUGUAAUCAAAUUGAGAGGACAGUUAACAAUGGUUUUUUAGCUUCACCACUUCAAAGAAUUUUUCCUGGUGUCCAAAGCAACAUUUCUAGGAAAUAUGGGGAUGAUUUUUUGCAACUUUCGUUACCUACGCAAGAUGAGAAAACACACAUUAGGGAAAAACCUUACAUAGGUAAUGAGUGUGGCAAAGCAUUUAGAAUGUCUUCAAGUCUUAUUAAUCAUCAGAUGAUACAUACUACAGAGAAACCUUACAGAUGCAAUGAGUCUGGCAAAGCCUUUCAUCAGGGCUCACUACUAACAGUACAUCAGAUAGUCCAUACAAGAGGGAAACCAUAUCAAUGUGAUGUAUGUGGCAAGAUCUUCAGACAAAAUUCAGAUCUUGUAAAUCACUGGAGAAGUCACACUGGAGACAAACCCUACAUAUGUAAUGAAUGUGGCAAGUCCUUUAGUAAAAGUUCCCACCUUGCAGUUCAUCAGAGAAUUCAUACUGGAGAGAAACCUUACAAAUGUAAUCGAUGUGGGAAGUGCUUUAGUCAAAGUUCGUCUCUUGCAACUCAUCAGACAGUUCAUACUGGAGACAAACCCUACAAAUGUAACGAAUGUGGCAAAACCUUUAAACGGAACUCAAGCCUCACUGCACAUCAUAUAAUCCAUGCAGGAAAGAAACCAUAUACAUGUGAUGUGUGUGGCAAGGUCUUUUAUCAAAAUUCACAACUUGUAAGGCACCAGAUAAUUCAUACUGGAGAGACACCUUACAAAUGUAAUGAAUGUGGCAAGGUCUUCUUUCAACGUUCACGUCUUGCCGGGCAUCGGAGAAUUCAUACUGGAGAGAAACCCUACAAAUGUAAUGAAUGUGACAAGGUCUUCAGUCAACAUUCACAUCUUGCAGUGCAUCAGAGAGUUCAUACUGGAGAGAAACCUUACAAAUGUAACGAAUGUGGCAAAGCCUUUAAUUGGGGCUCAUUACUGACUGUACAUCAGAGAAUUCAUACCGGAGAGAAACCUUACAAAUGUAAUGUGUGUGGCAAGGUCUUUAAUUACGGUGGAUACCUUUCAGUUCAUAUGAGAUGUCAUACUGGAGAAAAACCUCUCCAUUGUAAUAAAUGUGGCAUGGUCUUCACUUACUAUUCAUGCCUAGCACGUCAUCAAAGAAUGCAUACCGGAGAGAAACCUUACAAAUGUAAUGUGUGUGGCAAGGUCUUCAUUGACAGUGGAAACCUUUCAAUUCAUAGGCGAAGUCAUACCGGAGAGAAACCUUUCCAGUGUAACGAAUGUGGCAAGGUCUUCAGUUACUACUCAUGCCUAGCACGUCAUCGGAAAAUUCAUACCGGAGAGAAACCUUACAAAUGUAAUGAUUGUGGCAAAGCCUAUUCUCAGCGUUCAAGCCUCACUAAACAUCUGGUAAUUCAUACUGGAGAGAACCCUUACCACUGUAAUGAGUUUGGUGAGGCUUUUAUCCAAAGUUCAAAACUUGCAAGAUAUCACAGAAAUCCUACUGGGGAGAAACCACACAAAUGUAGUGAAUGUGGUAGAACUUUUAGUCAUAAAACAAGUCUGGUGUACCAUCAGAGAAGACAUACUGGAGAGAUGCCAUACAAAUGUAUUGAAUGUGGGAAAGUCUUUAACUCCACUACAACCCUUGCAAGGCAUCGGAGAAUUCAUACUGGAGAGAAACCUUACAAAUGUAAUGAAUGUGGCAAGGUCUUCCGUUAUCGCUCAGGCCUCGCACGUCAUUGGAGUAUUCAUACUGGAGAGAAACCUUACCAAUGUAAUGAGUGUGGCAAAGCCUUUAGAGUACGUUCAAUUCUGCUUAAUCAUCAGAUGAUGCAUACUGGAGAGAAACCUUAUAAAUGUAAUGAAUGUGGUAAAGCUUUUAUCGAAAGGUCAAACUUGGUUUACCAUCAGAGAAACCACACUGGAGAGAAGCCAUACAAAUGUAUGGAAUGUGGCAAGGCGUUUGGGCGGCGGUCUUGCCUCACUAAACACCAACGAAUUCAUUCUAGUGAAAAACCUUAUAAAUGUAAUGAGUGUGGCAAAUCUUACAUUAGUCGCUCAGGCCUCACUAAACAUCAGAUAAAACAUACUGGAGAAAACCUUACAACUAAACUCAAUGUGGAAAGGCCGUUAGACAUUGUCCUAACUUCUGAGAUCCCCAAAUAAUUUAUACUUACUGAUAUAGCUGUAUAUUUGUCCUUUCCCUUUGAAGUCUCAUGUGGAAUUGUAAUCUCCAGUAUUGGAGGUGGGGCCUAGUGGGAGCUGAUUGGAUGAUGGGGGUGGAUUUCUCAAGAAAGGUUUAGUACCAUCCCCUUGUUGCUGACCUUGUGAUAGUUCUCAUGAGGUCUGGCUCAUGCCUGUAAUCCCAGCACUUUGAGAGGCUGAGGUGGGCAGAUCACUGGAGGUCAGGAGUUCAAGAGCAGCGUGGCCAACAUGGUGAAACCUAAAAUACAAAAAAUUAGCUGGGCUUCAUGGCGAGUACUGGUAGUACCAGCUACUCGAGAGGCUGAGUCAGUAGAAUUGCCUGAACCCUGGAGGCGGAGGUUGCAGUGAGCCGAGAUCGCGCCACUGCACUCUAGCCUGGGUGACAGAGUGAGACUCUGUUAUACACACACACGCACACACGAAAGUGAAUGGCAACUCCCUCUUGUUUGUUCUCCUUCUGGCCAUGUGACAUGCCCACUCCCCCUUCACCUCCCACCAUCAUUUUAACCUUCCUGAGGUUUCCCGAGAGGGUGAACAGAUGCCAGCGCCAUGUUUCCUAUAAAGCCUGCAAAAUUGUGAGUCAAUUAAACCUCUUUAUACAUUACCUAGCCUCAGGUAUUUCUGUCUAGCAAUGCAAUUAUGGCCUAAUAUAUUUACACAUGAAGUUAAUACAGCUAAGUUUUAAGCAAGUGUUCACUAGGCAUAAGAAUAUACACCGUGGAGAGAAAUCACAGAAGUGUAGUAUAUGUGGCAAGAAUACUACUUAAAGGUCAAAACUUGUGGGUCUAUAACUCAAAGUGCAGAUAUGCUUUACAAAUGAAAUGAGUGUGGCAAAAGCUUCACCAGAGUUCAGUCACUACUUGACUUGAGAGUUUAUAUUGGAAAGAAAUCAUAUAAAUGUAUGUGCUAGAGGCUUCCCCGAGGUAUCUGAACUCACUGGACAUCAGAAUAUACAUCUUUGACAAAUGUAAUGUGUGUGCUAAGACUUUUUACCCGAACAUCAAAAUGGAAACAUCAGAGUAUUCAUACUGGAGAACAGCCUUACAAAUGUAACGAAUGUGGUAAGCCUUUUUAAAAAUCAAAUGGGCCGGGUGUGGUGGCUCACACCUGUAAUCCCAGCACUUUGGGAGGCCGAGGUGGGUGGAUCCCCUGAUGUCAGGAGUUUGAGACCAGCCUGGCCAGCAUGGUGAAACCCCAUCUCUACUAAAAAAUACAAAAAUUAGCUGGGCGUAGUGGUGGGCACCUGUGAUCCCACUACUUGGGAGGCUGAGGCAGAAGAAUCACUUGAAUCUGGGAGGUGGAGGUUGCUGUAAGCCGAGAUUGUGCCAUUGUACUCCAGCCUGGGUGACAAGAGUGAGACUCUGUCUCAAAAAAAAUAAAAAAAUCAAAUGUUCAUGUUUUUCGAGUUUGAGAGAAUUUAUACAGGAGCAAAGUCAUAUUAGUGUGCUUAACAUGGAAGGACUUUUAAUCAGUAGUGUGUCUUCAGGCUUUACCAAGUUAUUCAUACUGGAUAGAAACCUUGCAAAUGUAAUUAACGUGGUGAAAUUUUAAACCAUUUCUCGGCCAGGCACGGUGGCUCACGCCUGUAAUCCCAGCACUUUGGGAGGCCGAGGCAGGCGGAUCACGAGGUCAGGAGAUCGAGACCAUCCUGGCUAACAUGGUGAAACCCCAUCUCUACUAAAAAUACAAAUAAUUAGCCAGGCGUGGUGGCACGUGCCUGUAGUCCCAGCUACUCAGGAGGCUGAGGCAUGAGAAUUGUUUGAACCCGGGAGGCUGAGCUUGCAGUGAGCCCAGAUUGCACCACUGCACUCCAGCCUGGGCGACAGAGCGAGACUCCGUCUCAAAAAAAAAAAAAAAAAAUAA